GGAACAUUGAAAAUACCCAAAAUACCCUUCGAAGAUCACAAAGACAAAAUGCUACCGUCCCACCGUCCUCAUUCAUCGCCCAGAGUCGCACUCAGACACUCGUAGCAAUUCACUGCCAUGCCGUCGGAAUUUCACUGUCUCGUGCUACUGCUGACCGUCGGAGCUUGUAUCUGUGCGGCGGAGGUCUCGUCCUUUAGAGAGGCACCGGCAUUUCGGAAUGGAAGGGAAUGUCCGGAGACGACGUGGUCUUCCGUCGACGGGAAGUCCUACAAUCCGUCGAUCAUCCACAUCGCGAUGACUUUAGAUACCGUUUACCUCCGCGGCUCCGUCGCCGGGGUUUUCUCGGUACUGCUUCACGCGACCUGCCCGGAGAACAUCGUCUUCCACUUCAUCACCACGCAGCGGAGCAGCGCCGAGCUCGCGCGCGCGAUCACCUCGACUUUUCCGUAUCUAAAUUUGCAUCUCUACCACUUCGAUGCUAAUCUCGUUAGAGGCAAGAUCUCGUCGUCCAUCCGCAGAGCGCUGGAUCAGCCACUGAAUUACGCGAGGAUCUAUCUCGCUGAUCUACUGCCCGCUGGUGUCCGCCGCAUCAUAUACUUUGACUCUGACCUCAUUGUCGUCGAUGACGUAGCGAAACUGUGGAACAUCAACCUUGGGAGCCACGUACUAGGCGCGCCCGAGUAUUGCCACGCCAACUUCACCACCUACUUCACCCAUAAAUUCUGGUCAAACCCGCUAUUCGCGGCGACAUUCAAGGGGAAGGAACCGUGCUAUUUCAACACAGGAGUAAUGGUGAUCGAUCUGUGGAAAUGGCGACAAGGAAGGUACACUGAGAAACUAGAGAACUGGAUGAGGAUUCAGAAGAGGCACAGGAUUUACGAGCUGGGCUCGUUGCCUCCGUUCCUGUUGGUAUUCGCCGGCAACGUGGAAAGAGUGGAGCACAGAUGGAACCAGCACGGCCUGGGUGGGGACAAUCUAGAAGGUUUAUGCAGGGAUCUGCACCUAGGUCCGGUGAGCUUGCUUCACUGGAGCGGCAAGGGCAAACCGUGGCUUCGAAUCGAUUCCAAAAAACCAUGUCCGUUGGAUGCUCUGUGGGCCCCCUACGAUCUGUUCCGCCAUCCGUCCUUAUUCUCCGAUAGCUGAUGAAGGGUCAGUAAACAUCACGGAUCACGAAAUUAGGGGGGACGAUUCAAUUUCCACCGACGGUCGGGCAAAAGCAUAAAGAAAAAGUUAAAAAAAAAAAUUUUGCGGGGUGGUGACGUGUCGGUGGUGUUACAGCCGUUAAAGGUCUGAUUAACGGCCUGUGAUGAAGGCGGAUUUCAUGAUUUACUCACGUGGUAAAUAUAUGGUAGAAGUAGUUUUCUAAAUUCUAACCACGCAGGGGAGGAUUUUGUUUACAUGUAUACAAAGGUGGGCUGAGGAUACCACCACACCACCAAUAACUUUGUUAAGCUUAUAAAUUUUGAUUUUAAUU